CGGUACACUACUACAGUGUAGCUAGUCUAGACUGCCGCAAUAUGCAAUUUACAGCGUGAAGGCGGGUAUGAUCGAUAGACUGACAAUGACAACCCUCACCUUAAGCAAAACAAAACACCUUGUGAAGAAACGACAGACGCUGUUGUUGCGACAAUGAUGGGUGGAUGAGCUGGUCGCUGGAAGGUCACGGUUGGGGGGGGUUGGUUCUGGUUUCUUCUGCUUCAUAAAAAAUAAAUAGCUGUCUGAUACUGUCCGUGGACCAUGGAGAACGACAAUCGAGCAGAGGUACCGGUACCUCUGGUAGUUGCAGCCCAAGAAGACGGGGAUGACGACCGCCCUGCUGCUGCUGCUGCGGAUGGACCACCGCGCAACCCCAUGGGUCCCCACGGCGUUGGGCGCAUGGAGUUGUCGUCGGAGAGUCGAGAAUUCUCACAAGCCUGGAAUCUCGUGAACGCCCUACUAGUAGAAACCGAACCGAAACAGACGCCACUCAAGAGUGAUUUCGAAUACGUCCAAUUUGCCAUUGCGGAACCGACGGAUGUAGAAGCCGCUCUGGAACGAAUCAGUAUGCUGCAACACUUUCGAAGCGAACACCGCAUUCAGGACACGGUACAUGAUGGUGUUAUGGCGGUCUUGGAGGCCAUGACUCUGUUUCCUGGAUUCUUGCUCUCCCUCUCGUUCACCAGCACGGACACUGCGGGAGAGCACUACACCCUUGCCAUGGACAGCGCCAAGUUGAAUGCUAGACUCUUGGCUCGACCGGAUGGACACCCCAAGGCCGCACUAGCGAAAGCCAUGUAUUACAUCUUGCAAGCUGCCAAUCCAGAUUUGGAAGCCAUGCGACAGGGACUUUUGUGUUUUAUCGAAUGUAAUGGAUUCGAUUGGAAAAAACACUUGACCGUAGCCCUCUUCCAAGAAACACACAACGAUAUUGUCUUGUUUUAUCCCACACGCUGGUAUCAGGCCAAUCAUUUUCACACUGGGUUUUUCUACAACAUGGUCAUGGCCAUGGGACGACCCUUUCUCUCAGAGCAACUACGUCAAAAAAUACGCAUGGGAUGUGUAUCGCCUGCUGGUCGAUUAAACAGAAUCUAUUUGCAGCCCAAUCUGCACACUGCAAAUGAGAGGUUCCUUGGCAGACUCAACGAUGCACUGCACCGAAGGUAUGCCAAUGAGGUUUCCUUUGUUCUACGACCGCCCGACUCAUCAAACGACGACGGCAAUGGAGACGAUUGAUUGAUUGAUUGAUCAGCAGCCCUAGCACGCGUCAUGGCCAUAAGGAGCGCCGAAUCAUGAUUCAUUCCACAUGUCGACAAUAUCGCAAGCUGAUCUAUGCAAGAUCAUGCUAGGAUUUUCUAUCCUUCCAGCAACUGAUGCUUGGAGGGAUUGAGCUACAAAUCUGGGAAGGAGAUUUGAAUUGACCUCAAGGGGGAAGGCACCGCUACGGUACCUCUAGCUACGGUAUGAUCAUUCUCGCUCGACAAGCAUUAAAAAACAAGUGGUUCUUCUACCUUAGCUAUCAUGUUUGAUCAUUCACUCAAUCCAAUCCGGGGAUGAAACCCCUUCGAAUGCUUCACUUUUCCUCGUGCUGAGAGUCUGACCGAUUGGAGUCAAUCACAAGAUUCUUUGCCUAGAAAAUGAACAAAAAACUUCUCAGUCUUGGUUCGCGAAGGAUAACACCUACGCUAUCGCUUCGUCGAGGAAAGCAGCUACUAGUACCUGGUACUAGCUGGAGAGGAAAGCUGCUCACCCCGAACGGUAUGUCACACCCAGACUACUUGUGUUUCAAGGUAAAAAGGUAAAUACAAACUAGAUUACUCUCUACUAGUGUACAACCUCGAAUGAAUGCAUCUGAGUGGCUACACCACCAGCAACGAAAGGGCCCUUCUUUACGUUUUGCUCUCUUUCCGUUCCAGUUGUGCUUGUUUGUACCAUUGUUAUGUAAUGGUACAGCAUGCCAGAUCGUCGUGCCUCCAUUCGAGUAAGUUUAGUUUCGUCAACUCGCCUUGGAUCCAUCCUCCCGUGGUAGCAUUGGCUUCUUUUAUUUCGCCCGUUUGCUAACCACGGUCUGCCUCUUUGGAUCGAUUCGAUUCACUGCUCUGCACAGUAGCAUUUCGAUUCACUGCUCUGCACAGUAGCAUU